AUGGCCUACAACAAUAAACAAUAUAACACUAGAUUCUCUGGGCGCUAUAACACACCGGGCCAGUUUGUUCCUGCAGCAGAGACGUACGUGUCACCUCAGCCUCAGCGGAAGGCGCAACAACACCAAAAUCUGCAGCCCGUCCAAGUGAGCGAGCAGACCAAAGAAGAUGACAUCAACAUGGCGGACACCCCCGUGGCACCCAAAAAUGAUGACGCGACCCCUGCGCGGCCUCAUUGGAUGAAGAGCAAAUUGCCAGGAGUGAAGAAAGUCAGUAACAAGGAGCGCCGUCGUCGUCAAAACGAGAGUCUGCGGCGCUUACUGACUCCCAAGAAUGCGCUGAUGGUGCUCAACGAGAUCCUCCCCGCAGAGCAGGUCGCCAGCGUCAGCCAAUUCAAAGUGGAGCCAUCCUCCAACAACCAGUACUACAAGGCUCCCAACACGCACAGUUUCUGCGCCGACCUCACCGUGGAUGGCACCAACUACAAGGGAUAUGGUGACAACAAGCUGAUGGCGCGCAACGCGGCCGCCGAGCAAGCCAUACGAGAUCUCAUCAUCAAGAAGAUGAACAAGGUCAUCAACAGUGACAGUGGUUCCAACAGUGGCGACUGCAGCACUGACGAGGACGCGCUGCCCAUGAUACAGCUCGCGUCCUUCGCGCUGCACAAACUGUUCACUGAGUGGGAGUACGAGGGACACAAGGUGCCACAACUCAAACCCGCCGCGCUCUCUGGGUCGGAGAGCGUGCAGGAGUCGCAAGGCAAGAAGCCGAAGGAGCUGCCAGCCAACGCAGUGGACAUGCAUCCCUGCAUGCUACUGACGUACAUGCGGCCCCACAUGGAGUAUCGCGAGCUGGCCGUGGAGGGAGACCGGCCACAGAACAUGCUGUUCACCAUGGGAGUCGAGGUCGACGGUAGCACGUACAUCGGGAAAGCCCCCAACAAGAAGGAGGCGCGCAAGUUGGCGGCCAAGGCAGCGUGCACGUCCUUGUUUGGCGUCGUGUACCCGGAGGGCGCGAGCGCGGGGGCGGGCGCGGGGCGGGGGCGGGCGCGGGCGCGGGCCAGUAGCGGCGCGCCCCGCCGCCGCCACUCGUCGCCGCGCCCGGCAUGUCGCACGCCGCCAUGCUAG